AUGACAUGGCUGGUGGAUGACAGCUACACAGUGGAGGAGGUGAUGGAGCUUCUGGACUGCCUUGGUGAUGUAGUGAAGGCAGAGGUGGAGGGGGAGUUGCUCCAUGCUUGCCACACUAACUCCCUCCUCCUCACAAAACUGCUCAAACAAGCACAAAAAUGGCAUCUCACCCUCAAUGCUGACACUUCAGACCUUGAGAAUCAAGAACUUCUAGAGGAGAUAAAAAAGUUUGAGGAAAAGGAGGGUCAGCAUGGCCGUGCUGGAAGCAUUCCAUCUCCAAAGAAGAGAACAUUGGCUCCUCUCAAUGAGGCAGAGGGACCCUUAGCUCUUCUCCAAGCAGAGAUACAGCGAUUGAUGAGAGAGAAUGCUGAUCUGUCCCACAGGGUCCAGGAAGCUGAGAAAAUGCAUGGUACUUCCUCAGGUCCCCCCAACUGGCAGAGGGAAAAUGCCAGAGGCAUCUCUGCUUUGGGAGAUGCUGAAGAGGGAUUGGAGAAACAGGACUUAGAAAUAAGAUACAGAUAUGAGAUUAUGUCAGAGGUAGCCAAAGGAAAGACAGAGGCAAAUCUGAACCUAGUGCUAGCCAAAGAUGAACUGAACAAGAUCCAAAAGAGUCUGGCCAACCAGCCUACUUCUGAGGAUGUCACCGAGAGGGGCAGUUACAGCCUGCUGGCUGAAGACAACUCUAUCUUCACAAAAAUCUACCUGCAUGUAAUUACACUUACAUUCUUCAUGUAA